AUGGGCAACGAAGCGAGCUUGGAAGGGGAAGGUCUCCCUGAAGGGCUGACAGCUGCUGCGGCGGCGGCGGCAGCAGCCGGAGGAGGGGACGGCGGGGCGGGGAGCACCUUACACACCAUGAUCCCGGCCGGCAUGGAGGCGGAUCUGAGCCAGCUGAGCGAGGAGGAGAGGAGACAGAUCGCUGCUGUCAUGUCAAGGGCGCAGGGGCUGCCCAAAGGAAACGUCCCCCCCGCCGCAGCGGAACCACCUUCUAUGCAAAGGAAACCAGAGUUUGAUACCAGUCAUCAUCCAAAGCAACCAGGGAAGCCUCCAGAUCCUGGGCAUCCUGGACAACUCAGUAAAAGUAGAACAACAGAUACUUUGAGAACUGAGCAGAAAUCCCCUGGAAGGAGCCCUUCUACUACUAGCCUGAGAGAAUCGAAAUCUCGAACGGAUUUUAAAGAAGAACAAAAGUCAAGCAUCAUGCCUAGUUUUCUCACAGAUUCCAACCCAUUAAGUGCUGUCUCAUCUGUUGUAAAUAAAUUUAACCCUUUUGAUUUGAUAUCAGACUCUGAUGUAUCCCAGGAAGAAGCCACCAAGAAACAAAAAGCUGCUCAGAAGGAACAGGGGAAACCUGAGGGAAUCACAAAACCUGCAUCUCAACAGCAGUCCCCUAAACCAAUUACAAAACCACAAGGGCCUCCCAAAGUUACAUCUCAGCAAGCUGGUACUACCAAAUCAAUACCUCCUCAACAACCUGGAAAAACCAAGCCUCAGUCUCUUGGGACAGGAAAGCCAACUCAAGCUUUAGGGUCAACAGAAGAAGAAGAUUCGCGAUCAGAACAGGCAAAAUCACAACUUCAGCAGCGAGGUCCAAUCAAAUCUCAGCUAGACCCUGCAAAAUCAGAUCCUGCUAAAUCAGUAUCACAAGGCCCAUCCAAAAUACUUUCCCAGCAACCAGGGCCUACAAAACUACCUGCCCAACAGCCAAACCCCACAAAACCACCUGUUCAGCAGUCAGGCCCCACAAAACCUCCCACUCAGCAGCCUGGACCAACAAAACCCCCCACUCAGCAGCCAGGGCCCUCAAAACCACCCACUCAGCAGCCAGGGCCCACAAAACUACCCACUGCCCAGACUGGGGCUUCAAAGACCCUCACCCAGCCACCAGGGACCACAAAACCAUCUACCCAGCAGCCUGGGCCUUCAAAGACCCCCACCCAGCAGCCAGGGACCACAAAACCCCCCCCUCAACAGCCAGGACCAACAAAACCCCUUGGUCAGCAGACAACAAAACCAUCAAGCCAACAAGCAGAGCCUGGAAAACCUUUGCAACCACAAUCAACUUCAUUUCCAUCUACAGCACUGACAUCAGCACAGGCCCCCCGCAAAACCUUUUGUCCUCUUUGCAGUACCACGGAACUUCUGCUACAUACGCCAGAAAAGGCCAAUUAUAAUACUUGCACUCAGUGUCAAACAACUGUCUGUAGCCUGUGUGGGUUCAGUCCGCCACAUGUAACAGAGGUUAAAGAGUGGCUUUGUUUAAACUGCCAGAUGCAAAGAGCAUUGGGUGGUGAUCUGGCCCCAGUUCCACCAACUCCUCAGCAGAAACAGAAGGUUAGCCCUGUGGUUACAGCAUCUUCUGUGACUAAGCCAGCCCCUCCAUCCCAGCAGACUUCCCUGAAGAAAGAUGGUACCCCUAAACCAGAUCUUUCAAAGCCCCCUGAGAUUAAAAAGCCUCCGCCACUCACAAAACAACCAUCCAUUCCAGGAUCUCCUCCAGCAAAAGCCAAGCAGCCUUCCCCAAGAGAGUCUAUAACCCAGCCAACUCCUCACCCAGAGGCUUCUUUCAAAUCUGAAGAAGCCAAGGCACCAAUGGCUGACGACAAACCCAAACAGCCAAAGAUACAGAAGCCUACAGCAGAUGUUGUGGCUUCCUCGUUAGCUGCAGCGAAACCUGAUCUCCCAGGCUCCAAAAUACAAUCACAGGUUCAGGAGAAAACAGCACAGCCUCCUAAAACAGAUUCUGCCAAAUCAACACAAAUUAUCCCACCAGUGGGGGAUAAAGAAGCCCCACCUGAUUCUAAAGGCCCAUUACGUACUCCAUCUGAUUCCAAACUCACUUCACAACCUGGGGUGAUUUCAGAGAGUAAAAGUCAAAAACAAGUUGAUCCAGUUCAAAAAAAGGAAGACCCUAAGAAAGCACAAACCAAAAUGAGCCCCAAGCCAGAUGCCAAGCAAAUGCCAAAAGGAUUGCCUACCCUCCCAGGCACAAAGCCUAGUCCCGGACAACCCACACCUAUACCCCAGCAGCCCCCAAAGACUCAAGAUCAGUCAAGAAGGUUCAGUCUUAAUCUGGGAAGUAUCACGGAUGCCCCCAAAUCACAGCCCACAACUCCCCAAGAGACAGUGACUGGGAAACUAUUUGGAUUUGGAGCAUCUAUCUUUAGCCAGGCAUCAAAUUUAAUUUCCACAGCUGGCCAAGCAGGAAUUCAAGCACAAGGUAUGCCAGGGGCUCCAACCAAACAGCCCCCUCCUCCUCCACAUCCGCCUGUAUCUCAGGUACUGCCUAAGCCCACCAGUCAAACUCCACAAACAGUUCCUAAAACCACACCUGUUAAAAAGGACACAAAAACUCCAAUUGCUGAAAAAACUGAGGUGCCUAAAAUUGAACAGGUUGCCCCAAUCAAAGGCACAGAAUCAGAAAAGAAGCCCCUUCCCACAAAAGAUAGCAAACUUCAACUGGUAGAACCACAAAAGGCUACUGGUGCUCUGGAAUCAGAAAAGCCCACCAAGCCAAAAUCUACUUGCCCCCUUUGUAAAACUGGCUUAAAUGUGGGCUCUAAGGAUCCUCCCAACUUUAAUACUUGUACAGAAUGCAAGAAUGUGGUAUGCAAUCUCUGUGGAUUUAACCCAACGCCACACUUAACUGAGGUUCAAGAAUGGCUAUGUUUAAACUGCCAGACCCAGAGAGCAAUAUCAGGACAACUUGGGGAUAUGGGCAAAAUGCCACCUUCAGUCCCACCUCUUUCUUCAGAGAUGCCUCCUGUGACAGAGCAAAUAUCCCCCAAAACAUCUUCAAUGCCUGUCCAAGUAACAGAAAAAAAGAAAGAACAAGAAGCACAAAAAGAAGAUGAAAAAGUAAAAGAAAUACCUUCACUUGAAAAGAAGCCCCCAUUGAUAAGCACAGAUGAAAAGCAUGAGGAAAGCAAAUUGAAAGACAAGAUUAUAGACCCUGAUGAUUUGGGAAAAAAGCCCAAAGAGGGACAGUUGAAAGAGAUAUUGAAACCUGAGGUACCAGCUGCUAAAGAGAAAUCCCUAGACCAGGUACCUGCUAAGGAAGUACACGAGGAAAAACAAGCCGAGCCCAAGGCAGAGGAUUCAGAGCCUAGAAUUCCCCAGAGUCCGCCCAAAGAAGAGGAGAAGACCCAGAAAAGAGAUGCCAGGCCACAGAGAGCACCAUCAGUAAAACCUGAUCAGGUGGAAACAGUGAAAGAAAAAAUAGAAAAGGAAGAUGACAAAUCAGAUGCAUCAAGUUCUCAGCAACAGAAAAGCCCUCAAGGUUUGAGUGACACAGGAUAUUCUUCUGAUGGAAUAUCAGGUUCCCUUGGUGAAAUUCCAAGUCUUAUCCCAGGUGAUGAAAAGGAUUUGCCACAGGAACUCAAAAAAGAUUCUCAUCCUCAAGAAAGUAGUCCUACAAGUCCUUCAGAUCUAGCAAAGUUAGAAAGUACUGUUCUGUCCAUUUUGGAAGCUCAAGUGAAUUCACUUGUUGAAGAAAAAUCAGAAAAGAAAAAGGAAUUAUAUGAUAGGCUUCCUGAGCAGCCCAGAGAUCAACAGAAAACCAAGGAUUUUCCUGUCAUACUGGAAUGUUAUAGCUCAGAAGAGGAAGAGCUCAAGGAAGUUCAAGAAGAAAAGAAAGAUAUCCCUGUAAAAGGUGAUAAAGAAACUAUUCCUUCCAUAAAGGCCCUCAGAGAAAAAACUGACUUUGUAGAUGAUGUGACAGCUAGAAGGCAGCGUUAUGAUUCACUAGAAGACAGCAGUGAAAGUGAAAACUCCCCUGUCUCAAGAAGGAAAAGAAGAGCUAGUAUUGGUUCAUCAAGCAGUGAUGAGUAUAAACAGGAAGACAGUCAAGGAUCAGGUGAUGAUGAAGAUUUCAUUCGAAAACAGAUCAUAGAGAUGAGUGCUGAUGAAGAUGCCUCUGGUUCAGAAGAUGAUGAUUUCAUCAGGAAACAACUCAAAGAAAUCAGUAUUACUGAGAGCCAGAAGAAGGAAGAAACAAAAGGAAAGGGGAAAGGGUUAAUUGGGAAGCAUAGGCGACUCACCAGAAAAAGUAGUACAAGCUUUGAUGAUGAUGCAGGGAGACGCCAUUCCUGGCAUGAUGAAGAUGAUGAGACAUUCGAUGAGAGCCCAGAACUAAAAUAUAGAGAAACCAAAAGUCAGGAGAGUGAAGAACUCACUGUUACUGGUGGAGGAGGUCUUAGGAGGUUCAAAACCAUUGAAUUAAAUAGCACAGUGACCGAUAAAUACUCUGAAGACUCUGUGCAAAAGAAAACAAGUUUAUAUUUUGAUGAAGAACCAGAACUGGAAAUGGAAAGUCUUACGGAUUCACCAGAAGAUAGGUCACGAGGAGAAGGAUCAUCUAGUCUGCAUGCCUCCAGUUUCACACCUGGCACAUCUCCCACAUCAGUGUCAUCUCUUGAUGAGGACAGUGACAGUAGUCCUAGCCACAAAAAGGGAGAGAGUAAGCAGCGCAAAUCUAGACACCGAUCACAUGGUCCUCUUCUUCCCACUAUUGAAGAUUCUUCAGAAGAAGAGGAGAUGAGGGAAGAAGAAGAAUUAUUAAAGGAGCAAGAAAAACAACGUGAAUUAGAACAGCAGCAAAGAAAGAGUUCCAGUAAAAAAUCAAAGAAAGACAAAGAUGAACUUCGGGCUCAAAGAAGAAGAGAAAGGCCAAAGACACCACCCAGCAAUCUCUCUCCAAUUGAAGAUGCAUCUCCUACAGAAGAAUUACGUCAGGCUGCAGAGAUGGAGGAGUUGCAUCGAUCCUCUUGCUCGGAAUAUUCACCAAGCAUAGAAUCAGACCCAGAAGGGUUUGAAAUUAGUCCAGAAAAAAUAAUAGAAGUGCAAAAAGUUUAUAAAUUGCCCACAGCUGUUUCUUUAUAUUCUCCAACAGACGAACAAUCUGUUGCAAUUCAAAAAGAAGGUGGUCAAAAGGUAUUAAAAAGUGCUGAGGAAAUGUAUGAAGAAAUGAUACAUAAAUCCCACAAAUCAAAAGCAUUUCCAACUCCAACAGAGAAAGAUGAAGUGUUUGAGAAGGAGCCAUUAUAUGGUGGAAUGCUAAUAGAGGAUUAUAUUUAUGAAUCUCUCGUAGAAGACACAUACAAUGUUGCUGUUGAUAGCAGUCUAUUAACAAGACAAGAUGAAGGUAGUGAAUUUAUGCAGCCAGGAGGGAGAGAGAGAAAAAUGAGACUUCCAGAGGAAAUCUAUGAAGAUCCUAUGCAGAAAAUCUCAGAUCUGCAGAAAGAAUUUUAUGAGCUAGAAAGUUUACACUCUAUGGUGCCUCAAGAAGAUAUUGUAUCAAGCUCAUAUAUCAUCCCUGAGAGUCAUGAAAUUGUGGAUCUAGGUGCUAUGGUAACAUCAACGAGUGAAGAAAAACAGUUAUUAGAUGCAGAUGCAGCCUAUGAGGAACUCAUGAAGAGACAACAAAUGCAGCUGACCCCAGGGUCUAGUCCAACUCAACCAGCCACUGAGCAUGAUACAACAGAGCCUACAGUAGACUUUGACAGGAUGCCCGAUACCUCACUGACAUCUAGUAUUCUCUCAGGAGCGUCACUCACAGACUCAACUAGUAGUGCAACACUUUCUAUCCCAGACGUGAAAAUAACACAGCACUUUUCGCCAGAGGAAAUAGAGGAUGAAUAUAUAACUGAUUAUACCAGAGAAAUUCAAGAGAUAAUUGCCCAUGAAUCAUCUAUUUUAGCAUACUCUGAGCCCUCAGAAAGUGCAACAUCUGUGCUACCAUCCGACACGCCUUCUCUUACAUCAUCCAUUUCAUCAGUUUGUACAACAGAUAGCUCUUCACCUAUUACUGCACCAGAAACCACAACUGCAGUUUUUAUAGAUACGGUGGACCAACUAGCUGAAUUUCAGGAUUCUGAAAAGAUUCCAUCAUUACCUCCCUUUCCAGUAGACACAACAGUGUAUUCAGAAAUAGCUGUAUCUUUAGAUCAGACUGCCCAACCCCCUCCUAAAACAAUUGUUGAUCAUGUCACAAUUUCUCUUCCUGAUCUUCCACUGUCUGUCACAUUACCUGAAGAAGCCAAACCGAAGCAGUCUGUUUCUGAAUCUUUUUCUGUUGAUUCAUCUGUGUCUGAAAAAGAAGAUACAGUAAAGAAAACUAAGAGUAAAAAUGGAAAUGGUGUUGUGCUGCAAACUUACAAAGAUAAAAGGAAGGCACCUGUACCUUCACUACGUAGAAUUAGCUCUGUAGAUUCUGUGUCUGCUCAACCACCUCCAAGUACCACUGCAGUUCCAGUUAGUGAUCAAAUAUCAACAAUUUCUUCUAUGUCUAGAGAGGUGACAGAUACAGUAUCACAAUUGCCAUCUAUGACUUCUUCAGUUCCUGCUGUGACACCUAGAGCACCUCUUCUUUGGAGAAGUUAUUCUUUGGAUUCAUCUGCCCAACCCCCGCCUGCUCCUCCUCCCCCUCCUCCUCCUCCUCCUCCUCCCCCUCCUCCUCCUCCUCCUCCUCCUCCUCCCCCUCCUCCUCCUCCACUUCCCCCACCAACUCCUCCUAAACCUGCUAUUUAUCCUAAAAAGAAGUCAUUGAAAGCUCCUCCAGUGACGUCAGCUGCUGUCGUACCUUCAGUUGACACUGUUGCUCCUGUGGAGGCUGCUGUUAUCCCAAGGAACAAUGUGACACCUGUAACAAAAGUAUACACUCCUGCACCACCUCCUGUUCCACCUAAGCCAUCUUCAAUUCCAUCAGGACUUGUAUUUACUCACAGGUCUGUUGAGGGAACCAAACCUCCAAUUGCUCCUAAACCAGCAAUUCCUCAGCCUCCAAUAACUACACAGAUGCCAGUGGAUACACAUCCCAAACCAACAGGUUUAUCCUUAACUUCCAGUAUGAUGUUGAAUUUAGUGACUUCAGUCGAUUAUAAACUGCCAUCUCCUACAUCCCCCUUGUCACCACAUUCCAACAAGUCUUCACCAAGGUUUUCCAAAUCAUUGAUGGAGACUUAUGUUGUUAUAACAUUGCCAUCUGAACCAGGAACUCCAACAGAUUCUUUAACUAGUCAGGCAGUGACGAGCUGGCCUUUGGGGUCACCUUCUAAGGAACUGGUUUCUCUGGAGCCUGUAUUUACUACAGUUCUUCCUGUGACAAGUGUGGAGAUUCAGAGCACAUCAGAUAAGAGCCUGUAUUCCUCAGGUGCUUUACAGACUCUCUAUGCUGCCCCAGUCGUGACACAGUCUUUGUUCCAUGUAGGCCCAGGUUCAGUAACUCCAUUACUAUUGAGUGAAGCGACUAAAACCAUGGUUUCAUUAGUAGACAGCACAGUUCCUAGUGUUGAUUCAAGUAGUGUUUCUAUAACGAUUCCUCCAGAGCCCAUGCCUCAAGAACCCUUAGCAUUACAGAAACCAAGAUAUAAAGAAAAUGGAAAGUUUCAACUCUUUGGGGAUGUUAUUGAUCUACGUAUGGUACCAAAGGUUGAUGGUGAAAUACCUGGAAGCUGCAUGGAUCUGUCUGCUUCUCCGGUGGAUGUGAGAAGGCAGACCACAGCAAGUGAGGCUUAUGGCAGACAAAUCAGCACUGUUCAACCUGCUAUCAUAAACCUCAGUGCAACAUCAUCAGUAGUAGCACCACUAGCCCUGGUCACAGAAACUAUUGCUGUUGUGACAUGUACAACUAGCGUAAGUUAUACCACAAGCACAGAAAGCUUGGUUGGGGCAGAUCAUUCGAUGAUGACACCACUUCAGUUAACAACAUCAAAACAUGCUGAGCCUACAUACAGAAAAACAAGUGUCCCAGUCUUCCCCACACUAAGGGAGGAAGCACCAAUAAACUUAUCUUUAAGUACUUCUGCCCAUGCAGUAACAUUGCCUACCACCAAACCUAUUACUGCACCUCCACCUAGUGUUACAAAUGGAUGGGCUGAUCUCUCCACAUCUCAGGGGCCUCAAGAUGGUGGUGCAGUGGAUCUCAGCACUACAAAGUCUCAUCGAACUGUAGUCACAGUGGAUGAAUCUACUUCAGGUGUUGUGACUACUGUCAUAGAAGAUGAUGAGAAACCAGUGGAUUUGACUGCAGGGAGAAGAGCGGUGUGCUGUGAUGUUGUUUACAAGUUACCAUUUGGAAGAAGCUGUACGACACAACAGCCUGCCACUACUCUUCCAGAAGAUCGUUUUGGUUACAGGGAUGAUCACUACCAGUAUGAUCGGUCAGGGUCAUAUGGUUACAGAGGAAUUGGAGGCAUGAAGCCUUCCAUGUCUGACACAAACUUAGCAGACACUGGAGUUUUUCUUUAUAAGAGUAAGAAUACCUUUGAUUAUACUGAUGGGGCUGAUACAGCAGUAGAUCUAACUUCUGGAAGAAUAACUGCAGGUGAGGUAAUGGAUUAUUCAAGCAAGACCACAGGUCCCUAUCCUGAGACUCGACAAGUUAUUUCAGGCACUGGGAUUGGUGCACCACAGUAUUCUACAGCAAGAAUGACCCCUCCACCAGGAUCCCCGUACGGCAUGGGGACUGUUUUGAGAUCCUCCAAUGGUGUGGUCUAUUCUUCAGUAGCAACUCCAAUCCCUUCUUCAUUUGCUAUCACUACUCAGCCUGGCUCUAUUUUCAGCACCACUGUGAGGGAUUUGUCUGGCGUUCACACAACCGAUGCAAUAACAUGUUUGUCUGCUUUGCAGCAGACCCAGCCCUUGCCUAGAUCAUAUGGUUUCCUAACAACUGGAGCUUCUAAGAAGGACGGUUCUGCGGCCGCUUUAGAUAUCGAAACAAGCUUGCAAACUCUGACUGCGGAAAGUCUCACUGCCGAGGCCAUUGAAGUGAUUCCCACUUUGACCACAGCAUCUGAGGUGUUUCCUGAAGUCCUGGGAGACGACAGUGCUCUUGUCGUUGACACUGAAGAGGAGAAGCAGCAGCAGCUUGAUCUGGAGCGGGAGCUCCUGGAGCUUGAGAAAAUUAAGCAGCAGCGCUUCGCCGAGGAGUUGGAGUGGGAACGACAGGAAAUACAAAGAUUCCGAGAGCAGGAGAAGUUUAUGGUUCAAAAGAAACUGGAGGAGCUGCAGUCUAUGAAGCAGCACCUCCUCUUACAGCAGGAAGAAGAGAGGCAAGCUCAGUUUAUGAUGAGGCAGGAAACGUUAGCGCAGCAACAACUACAGCUUGAGCAAAUCCAGCAACUUCAGCAGCAGCUGCACCAGCAGCUAGAAGAGCAAAAGAUCCGCCAGAUCUACCAAUACAGCUAUGAUCCUUCCGGAACAGCCUCACCACAAACUACGGCCGAACAAGCAAUCCUGGAAGGUCAGUAUCCAGCCGUGGAGAGCACCCAGUUUUGGCCCGCUGAAGAUGUCACCACCACAGCUUCAGCCGUAGUGGCCAUUGAAAUCCCUCAGAGCCAAGGCUGGUACACGGUUCAAUCCGAUGGCGUUACUCAAUACAUUGCUCCACCUGGGAUACUGACUACUGUUUCUGAGAUGCCUCUAACUGAUGUUGUUGUGAAGGAGGAAAAGCAACUUAAAAAGAGGACCUCUGGAACCAAGCUGCGUGGUCAGUAUGAUGAGCUUGAGGAAACUGUGGGUGAGGAUCCCCGGUGUUUUAAAAAGAUAGUAGACAGUGGAGUACAAACUGAUGAUGAAGAUGGAGCAGACAGAAAUUAUACCAAUAGGAGAAGGAGAAGUAAAAAAAGCGUGGAUACCAGUGUCCAGACUGAUGAUGAAGAUCAGGAUGAGUGGGAUAUGCCCAGUAGAUCACGGAGAAAAUCACGUCCUGGAAAAUAUAGUGAUAGCACCCCUGAAAUUGACAAGACUAAACCCCUCUCCAAGGUGUCUAGUAUAGCAGUCCAAACAGUGGCAGAAAUAUCAGUGCAGACUGAACCAGUUGGGACCAUAAGAACACCUUCUAUACGUGCUAGAGUGGAUGCAAAAGUUGAAAUAAUCAAACACAUUUCAGCUCCUGAAAAGACAUACAAAGGUGGAAGUUUAGGAUGUCAAACAGAGAUGGACCCCGAUGCACAGAGUCCUCAGUAUUUGAGUGCCACAUCUUCCCCCAAAGACAAGAAACGUCCAACACCUUUAGAAAUAGGUUAUUCGUCUCAUCUUCGGGCAGAUUCCACACUACAGCUAGUACCAUCCCCACCAAAAUCCCCAAAAGUUCUUUAUUCACCGAUUUCUCCAAUUUCACCAGGCAAAGCCUUAGAAUCAGCCUUUGUACCUUAUGAAAAACCCAUCACUGAUGAUAUCAGCCCUCAGAAAAUAUUGCACCCAGACAUGGCAAAGGUUCCACCAGCAAGCCCAAAGACUGCAAAAAUGAUGCAGAGGUCAAUGUCUGACCCAAAACCUUUGAGUCCAACAGCAGAAGAGAGUUCCAGAGUGCAUUUUCAGUAUACUGAGGGCUACUUGACCAAAGGUUCUCAGACCAUGACAGCUUCUGGUACCCAGAAGAAAGUAAAGAGGACACUACCAAAUCCACCUCCUGAAGAAAGUUCCUCAGGGACCCCAUCAGCAUACAGCACCAUGGGUUCUGUUUCCCGAAGAAGAAUCUGCAGAACUAAUACAAUGGCAAGAGCCAAAAUCCUCCAGGAUAUAGAUAGAGAACUCGACCUUGUGGAAAGGGAAUCAGCAAAGCUCAGGAAGAAGCAAGCUGAACUAGAUGAGGAAGAAAAAGAGAUCGAUGCAAAGUUACGGUACUUGGAAAUGGGAAUCAACAGAAGAAAAGAAGCCCUUUUAAAGGAAAGAGAAAAGAGAGAGAGAGCCUACCUCCAGGGAGUAGCUGAGGAUCGUGAUUAUAUGUCUGAUAGUGAAGUAAGUAGCACUAGGCCAACCCGAAUAGAAAGUCAGCAUGGUCUGGAAAGACCAAGAACUGCACCCCAAACUGAAUUUAACCAAUUUAUGCCACCACAAACACAGCCAGAAUCUCAAUUAGUUCCACCAACAAGUCCUUACACCCAGUAUCAGUUCUCCUCCCCUGCUCUUCCUACACAAGCACCAACUCAGUAUACCCAACAGUCUCCUUACCAACAGCAGCCUUUAUACCAUCAGCAGGUUUCCCCUUAUCAGACCCAGCCCACUUUCCAAACUGUGGCGACAAUGUCCUUCACACCACAAACACAGCCUCCACCAACUCCACAGCCUUCAUAUCAACUCCCAUCCCAGAUGAUGGUAAUACAGCAAAAGCCAAGGCAGUCUACCUUGUAUUUGGAACCUAAAAUAACAUCUAAUUAUGAGGUCAUUCGAAACCAACCCCUGAUGAUAGCACCGGUUUCCACCGAGAAUACUUAUGCAGUUUCCCACCUUGGUAGUAAGUACAAUAGUUUAGACUUAAGAAUAGGUUUAGAGGAAAGAAGCAGCAUAGCAGGCAGUCCAAUUUCAAGCAUAUCGGCAGAUUCUUUCUAUGCAGAUAUAGAACAUCACUCACCACGCAAUUAUCUAUUAAUUGAUGAUAUUGGCGAGCUUACUAAGGGUACAGCAGCCCUUAGUACUGCAUUUAGCCUUCAUGAUAAGGAUCUGACAAAAACUGACCACCUCCUUCAAACAACAGAGGCACGCAGAACUCAAGAAGUUACAGAUUUUCUGGCCCCUUUACAGACUUCUUCCAGACUGCAUUCUUACGUAAAAGCAGAUGAAGACCCAAUGGAUGAUCCCUAUGAAUUGAAACUUCUGAAACAUCAGAUCAAGCAGGAAUUCCGUCGUGGUGCUGAAAGUUUAGACCAUCUUACUGGUCUUUCCCAUUAUUACCAUGCAGAUACUAGCUAUAGGCAUUUCCCCAAAUCAGAGAAAUAUAGCAUUAGUAGAUUGACACUUGAAAAACAGGCAGCAAAACAACUUCCAGCAGCAAUCCUUUAUCAAAAGCAGGCAAAGCAUAAAAAAUCACUAAUUGACCCCAAAAUGUCAAAAUUUUCACCAAUUCAAGAAAGUAGAGACCUUGAACCUGAUUAUUCAAGUUAUAUGACUUCUAGCUCUCCAUCAGUUGGAGGCAUUUCCUCCAGGGCAAGACUUCUUCAGGAUGAUAUUACUUUUGGCCUUAGGAAAAAUAUCACAGACCAACAAAAAUUCAUAGGAUCAUCCCUUACUUCAUCCCUUGGAACAGGCUUGGGCACAUUAGGUUCCACAAUCCGGUCAGCGUUACAGGAUGAGGCAGACAAGCCUUAUAGUAGUGGCACUAGAUCGAGGCCUUCUUCUCGACCCUCCUCUGUCUAUGGACUUGAUUUAUCCAUAAAGAGAGAUUCAUCAAGCUCUUCUUUAAGACUGAAGGCUCAAGAGGCUGAAGCAUUAGAUGUUUCUUUUAGUCAUGUGACACCCUCUGGCAGAACUAAACCGACAAGUCUGCCUAUUAGCCAGAGCAGAGGAAGAAUACCAAUUGUUGCUCAGAACUCAGAAGAAGAAAGUCCUUUGAGCCCCGUUGGCCAGCCAAUGGGAAUGGCAAGAGCUGCAGCUGGACCACUGCCACCAAUAUCUGCUGAUACCAGAGAUCAGUUUGGAUCAAGUCACUCAUUGCCUGAGGUUCAGCAGCAUAUGAGAGAAGAGUCACGGACUCGAGGCUAUGAUCGGGAUAUAGCAUUCAUCAUGGAUGACUUCCAACAUGCUAUGUCAGACAGUGAAGCCUAUCAUCUACGCCGUGAGGAAACAGAUUGGUUUGAUAAGCCCAGGGAAACUCGUUUAGAAAAUGGACAUGGUCUUGACCGGAAACUGCCAGAAAGACUGAUUCAUUCAAGACCCCUCAGCCAACAUCAAGAACAAAUGAAUGGGAAGCCUACACAGUACAUCUUUCCUCAUGCAAGAAUAAAAAUAAUGAGAGACCUUAAGGAUCAUACAGUUUCAGGUAAUGGGUUAGGAAUCAGAAUAGUAGGUGGCAAAGAAAUCCCAGGAAGCAGUGGAGAAAUCGGAGCCUAUAUUGCCAAGAUCCUCCCUGGUGGAAGUGCAGAGCAGACAGGAAAACUAAUUGAAGGAAUGCAAGUGUUAGAAUGGAAUGGAAUUCCCCUGACUUCUAAAACCUAUGAAGAAGUCCAGAGUAUCAUUAAUCAACAAAGUGGGGAAGCAGAAAUAUGUGUAAGACUGGAUAUAAACAUGCUCUCGGAUUCUGAGAAUCCUCAGCAUCUGGAACUACAUGAACCACCAAAGGCUGUAGAGAAAGCAAAAUCUCCCGGAGUGGAUCCAAAGCAGCUGGCUGCUGAGCUUCAAAAAGUUUCUCUCCAGCAGUCACCAUUGGUUCUUUCUUCAGUUGUUGAAAAAGGAUCACAUGUUCACUCAGGCCCCACAUCAGGUGCAUCCAGUGCUGUUCCCAGUCCUGGUCAACCAGGAUCGCCCUCUGUGAGCAAAAAAAGGCACAGCAGCAAACCCACUGAUGCAACAAAGUCUGUCUCUCAUCCAAUUACUGGAGAAAUUCAGCUUCAAAUCAACUAUGACAAACACCUCGGAAACCUUAUUAUACAUAUUCUCCAAGCAAGAAAUCUUGUGCCCCGAGACAACAAUGGAUAUUCUGAUCCUUUUGUUAAAGUGUAUCUUCUUCCGGGAAGAGGCCAAGUCAUGGUUGUCCAGAAUGCAAGUGCUGAAUAUAAGAGGAGAACUAAAUAUGUUCAGAAAAGUCUUAAUCCAGAAUGGAAUCAGACAGUAAUUUAUAAAAAUAUCUCCAUGGAACAGCUCAAGAAGAAAACACUGGAAGUGACAGUCUGGGAUUAUGAUAGAUUCUCUUCCAAUGACUUUCUUGGUGAGGUAUUGAUUGAACUAUCUAGUACUUCUCACCUUGACAACACCCCUCGAUGGUAUCCUCUCAAAGAACAAACAGAAAGUAUCGACCAUGGAAAGUCCCAUUCUAGUCAGAGCAGCCAGCAAUCUCCAAAACCAUCUGUCAUCAAAAGCAGAAGUCAUGGAAUCUUUCCUGAUCCAUCCAAGGAUAUGCAGGUACCUACAAUUGAGAAAUCCCAUAGUAGUCCCGGGAGCUCAAAAUCAUCCUCUGAAGGCCAUCUUCGCUCUCAUGGUCCAUCACGCAGCCAAAGCAAGACCAGUGUCACUCAGACCCACCUUGAAGAUGCAGGGGCCGCCAUUGCAGCCGCAGAAGCAGCUGUGCAACAGCUUCGCCUUCAACCAACAAGACCUACUAAUCACCGACCUGCUGAAAGCUCCAUCUCUACGGGCUCAUCUGCCAGCAGCUUCGGCAGUGGAUAUAGUGUGGACAGUGAAGGAAGUAGCGGCGCUGCAGGGGAGGCUAAUCUAUUUCCCAUUCCAAGAGUAGGAAAGAUGGGUCAGAACGGACAAGAGCCGGCAAAACAGCCAGGAGUAGGAUUAACAGAUGCAGAAGCUAAAACUCAAGUAAUGGGAGAAAUCAAGAUUGCCCUGAAAAAGGAAAUGAAAACAGAUGGAGAACAGCUAAUAGUUGAGAUCCUUCAGUGCAGAAACAUCACCUACAAAUUUAAAUCUCCUGAUCAUUUACCAGAUUUGUAUGUGAAGCUGUAUGUGGUCAACAUUUCUACCCAAAAAAGAGUGAUCAAGAAAAAGACUAGAGUGUGUAGGCAUGAUCGGGAGCCUUCGUUCAAUGAAACAUUUAGGUUUAGCCUGAGUCCUGCUGGGCAUUCUCUUCAGAUUUUGCUUGUCUCCAAUGGAGGGAAGUUUAUGAAAAAGACACUGAUUGGUGAAGCUUAUAUCUGGCUUGACAAAGUGGAUUUAAGGAAAAGAAUAGUAAACUGGCACAAGCUCUUGGUCAGUCCUACUCAGACACACUGA